AUGUCUAGCACAAUACGUUUAAAAUCGCAUGGAAAGUUUGCUCUAAAGCUUGAAAGUACGAAUAUUGAACUUCACGACGAAGAUGCGACGAUCUUAGAGCUCUACGAGGAAAACAACAAGCCGAUGGAAACAUACAAAAAGACACUACCGAUCUCUGCUCAAGCGGAUUUCACAACAGCUCGGGAGAUUGCUGAGGGAGAGGCUGAAAGCAUCUUCCUGACUUCCAUCACGACUUAG